UCCAGCCCACCGUACUCACUGUUACCGUGGUGACGUGAAGACGCUCUGCGCUAAAUCCUCUUACACACCGACUUGAGCGUUUCAGUCAAUAUCAUCGAAGGAAAAACAUAUGUAUUUUGAUUUAAUUCCCUUCUAAAACGCUGACAGUAAGGCUCGACCAUGGCGUCGGUGUUGGACGCACUCUGGGAGGACAGAGACGUGAGAUUUGAUAUCACUCAGCAGCAGAUGAAAACCAGGCCCGGUGAAGCGCUCAUCGACUGCCUGGAUUCAAUCGAGGACACCAAGGGAAAUAAUGGGGAUAGAGGAAGACUCCUGGUGACCAAUUUGAGGAUAAUUUGGCAUUCUUUGGCACUUCCAAGAGUCAACUUGUCUGUGGGAUACAACUGCAUUAUUAAUAUCACCACAAGGACAGCAAAUUCAAAACUGAGAGGUCAGACUGAAGCGCUUUAUAUAUUAACCAAAUCUAAUAACACUAGAUUUGAGUUCAUAUUCACCAAUGUGGUCCCAGGAAGUCCAAGACUGUUUACAUCCGUCAUUGCGGUUCACAGAGCUUAUGAGACUUCCAAAAUGUAUCGGGAUCUAAAACUAAGAGGAGCUCUUAUUCAGAAUAAACAGCUGAGGCUUCUGCCACAGGAGCAGGUUUAUGACAAAAUUAAUGGAGUCUGGAACCUGUCUAGCGAUCAGGGCAAUCUUGGAACGUUUUUCAUUACUAAUGUGAGGAUAGUGUGGCAUGCCAACAUGAACGAGAGCUUCAACGUCAGCAUUCCCUAUCUGCAAAUUCGCUCAAUAAGGAUUAGAGACUCUAAAUUUGGACUUGCUCUUGUGAUUGAGAGCUCUCAGCAGACAGGAGGUUAUGUGCUGGGAUUCAAGAUCGAUCCAAUGGACAAGUUACAAGAUGCAGUGAAGGAAAUCAACUCCUUACACAAAGUGUACUCAGCAAACCCCAUUUUUGGUGUGGAAUAUGAGAUGGAAGAAAAGCCUCAGCCUCUGGAGGAGCUGACCGUAGAACAGCUGCCCGAUGACGUGGAGAUUGAGCCAGAUGAGCACACAGACGCUUUUACCGCUUAUUUUGCUGAUGGAAAUAAGCAACAUGAUCGUGAGCCGGUGUUCUCUGAAGAGCUGGGUCUGGCUAUAGAGAAAUUAAAAGAUGGAUUCACAUUACAGGGACUCUGGGAAGUCAUGGGUUAAAACGCUCAAACACUCUGUACCAUUAUAUGUAUUUUGGCAUUGCGUUGUUACAUUAUUUCAUUUUUCAUUAGCAAAAUGUCAAAAUUUUAUUUAUUUUAAGAAUAUUUAUUUGAUAUUUGAUAAUGGCAUGUUUAUAAAUCAUAUGCAAACCAAGUAAGGAAAAAAAGCUGGAAAAAAUUAAAAGUUACUUUUGUAUAAUAUUAUACACAGAAUAGUAUACACAGAAAUGGAAACAUUUAUUUAUGUAUCAGAUAUCAAAUAAUAUUUGUAUAUUAGAAACUGUAAGCUUGUUUAUGUAGAGAACUUCACAUGCUAAUUCUGCUGUUGUGUUGUAAGAAAACACAUGAUGUAGGAAAA